AGCGACAACGACAACGACAACGACAACGACACCCCUUUUUGCGAUAACCCCCGACUCGCGCGCGCGCUUUGUGUAUUCCAUUUUCCGCGGACGAAAAGAGGAGAUUGUCCUGUCCUGUACUGUUAUUUGUACAUACAUACACACACAAACAAGAGCAAAGAUCGGCGACAGAUGCGAAACUGGGGUCAAUCUCUCUCUCCCUCAUCUUCUGCCGCGGGGACAAAGAGGUCUUGAUCGAGUACCGUCUACAUCUCCAUCUACAAUGUUACACUCCCAUCUUCUACUGAGAACCCUGCCCUGCAUCGCGAUCUGUGAUACUGGUCUCUAUUUCAAUUGGUCAUGCUUGCGCUUCUGGAGGGCAACUCUCAACUACUACUUUUCGGUUACCUUACGCUGUGAAGAAGAGGGUAGCUACUGUAAGUUUUCCUUUGUCUGUCUUGUCGUGUCCCAAUUCUCUUAGCUCAAUCGAGGUCCCCCCAUUCCAAAUCUUGAAUCUUGGAUCUGAACGAUUGUCUUGGUCCCAUUGAGCUGGGAUGUUUUAUUUUAACUAGGUUCAUCCCCCCGGGAAUGCAUCCCCAGUUUCGCAGCACAGGCUACAGCACAGCACCAACGCACCACAAGACAGCACAGCAAAAGCAGGCAAUUAACGCUCCCGAUUAUCGAACUGAAUGAGGGGGUUUAUUAGGGGGUUUAGGUUCCGGUUGCUGCUGCACAAUGGCGACCAAAGUCUAUCUAUCCUGUGCUUCAAAUAGAUUACCAUUCGAAAUACGACAGCGCUUGGUUUCUUUACUCCGAAAUGUUCCACGGUAGUUACUGCUAUUGGCUUGGAUUUGGUGUUUCGGCCUCCACGUCAUUGAGUCCAUGACCCCCGGCCUGCCAUCGUCAUCCGUUUUUGCCCUGUAAGACACAGGUUGAUACAUACUGUUGUGUGACUCUAGGGCUUCAGGGCACGAGUUCUUGUGACCACUUCACUGGCUUCGUUCCUCUGUCUGGGUGUCCUUUAGCCUCAGCUUCAAUCACCCGAGCACAGUAUUUCCAUGACCGUUUGAACCCUGAGAUGAGUUUAGACUGGAGGUGUCUAAAAACUCGUGAUAUACGCAGGGUCCUCUCAAGUCUUCUAGGGGACCCUCUUCUGUCCAAGGUAGUUAGCAGGUUACUAGGUGCUUACUAGAACUGCCUAGUGCUAAAGUUGGAAAAAGUCUACAGCAUUUCCCAGUUGUCAACCAGCCCAUCCUGCCCAUCCUAGCCUGUUCCGAAGUACUGUAUACCUGCCAGAGACUAGAGCCUCCCCACCAAGUUUCUUGAUAGAUUUUGAUAGAGACAAGACAAGUAACAACGGUCUCCCUCCCGUGCCCGAUCUCUCUUCUCUUCCCUUCUGAUAAGCACAGGCUUGUCUUCGUUCGGCUGGGUGUAGUAUAGUCUCGACUCGCCUCACCUAGUAUGUAGCCGCUUCCAUUCAUCAUCGUAUAGAAACCGUGACGCAUAUGAUUUGGUCCUAUUCCCUUAUCUUCAAACAUGUCUCCCUCCUCUUCACUCAUAUCAUAACGGACAUGAACAACUUGAGCUGAACUGCCAAGUUCUUCUUGUUCCCCAUUUGGGAGCUCGGGUCUCUCUCUCUCUCUCUCUAUCGUACAGAGGUUAGCCCUUCUACAUCGACACCCCCGAGCUAGAGUCUUGUCUCUCCGCGUGCCUCUAGAAUUGUCCCCGGAUUGGUAAGUCUCUCUGGUGUAUGACGAUCUCUAUAUUUUGCUGCACCUCAUCUUCAACAACCCUUUAUCCUUGUCGACGUAUUCUAUUUUGGCACUACGGCCUGAAAUAGAAGACCCCGUCUUUCUGGCUUUUCCCCUUUUCCAUUUCUCUCUCUCUUAUCUAGCAAGCAGCCCCCUCCUUGGUCCUACGAUAGUACCCUUCUCAUAGUCUACACUACACUACACUACACAGUACAGUACAUACAUAUUCACAGGCUGAGACUACGGAGCCAGCCCCGUCUCCCCCCUCCCCUUACACCCCUGUCAGAAAUCCCAGAACAAAGUGGGCUCGUUCUUCGGCAGCCGUUUUAAACGAUUCUCGUCAUCUUGAACCUAUGACAUCUUCCCGCUGCUCGAGGAGUACCAGUACUACUUCAUCUCAUUAAACCCCCCACCAAUCUCUCUACACGCCUAUCUUAUACCUCUUACAUACACUUGCACCACUACCACCUCGACUGAAACAACGGAGAGAUGCUUCGCUCAACACCAGCGAUACGAUCUUUGUAAUCUUACUAUCCCACAGAAUCCAUGUCUAUCUUGUCUACGGCUUGUCCACGUCAUCUGGACACUGCUUCGGCCUCAUUCAUGCCCUCGACACGCUAUCAACGGCUACGCCAACAAGACCGCAAUACUUGUCUUGAUCGCCAAACCCAGCAAACACGACGACGAUAUAGCAGAUCACAUAGCGGCCAGGGCAUCGCAUAGAAUUUCAGAGACCACAACUUCUUUUCUAUUCACCUCAAAGCAACACUACUUACUUACUUACCUCUGGCUCCUUUUACCAAUAACGCAUCAUUACAGAGGCUCGCACCUUAUUAGAGAGUUUCGACGCCCGCUACGACAUAACCAAGAGUAACGACUCAAGAGCCAGCCUAUAUAACCCCUAUUAUCUCACUUGUACUAUACGCACACAAUCUAUAGACGUUCAUGUCCUCAGAAGGCCCGUCACAAGCUGCCGCGACCGAUUCCGCCUCCGGUCCCGGUUCUGGUCCCGGUCCUCGACAGUCACGGACUCCCGAUCCGCCCACCGAUUCCGACCACGAACCCCCGGACUCGGGCCGGCAACGGUCGCCGUCACAAGGAUCUGCCAACACUUCUCGCCAUCGCGAUGUCGCCCCUCGCGAUUUCGUCCGGCUCUUCCAGUGUCAAAUCUGCUCAUUGCCCUUAGAUGAGCCCAUCAGCCUCCCCUGCGGUAAAAGUCUGUGCCGGCGCUGUUUACCAGGCACACAUAUGAGAACCAAUAUAACAUAUCCCGCCGCUCCAGACCGACUCCGUGGCUUUAAAUGUCCCUUUGAGGACUGCGGUAAGGAACACGCUAUUGGCGACUGCGCUAUCGAUGUUGUGCUCAACAAGGCGGCGCAACACGUGAGGGAAGAGAUCGAACGAUUCAAGAAUGAGUCCUCAACCACCGACCUGGCGACCAAGGUCAUGUGGCCCGACCCUUGGGCUGCUGCAGGCGUCUCUUCCAUGAGGGACGAUGAAGAAGCAUAUACAAAGGUGAUACCCGGUGGAAAGGUUAUCGCCACUUAUCGUCUCGCCGAAGAGGGUGACCUGUCUUAUGAAGCCGAUGUAUACUACGACGAAAUUACAUCGGCGACGCCAUCACCACCUUCUGAUGCUGAUGAUACAGGACUCGUUCGAAAAGCGCAAGACGCCACUCGCGCUGAGAUGGACUGUCAGGUCUGCUACGCACUCUUCUACGAUCCUCUUACAACAUCUUGCGGACAUACUUUCUGUCGAUCAUGCUUACAUCGAAUUCUUGAUCAUUCACGGUAUUGCCCGAUAUGUCGUCGCCCACUGGCUAUCAGCCGCCUAUUAAGUCAAACUUCAUCGCCCUCCAAUCAGACUAUCAAGCGCAUCAUCGAAACAUUUUGGUUGGAGGAAGUUAACGCUCGAAAGGAGGCACUGGACGCUGAGCGUGUAGCUCAGAUGCAAGAUUACGACCUCGCACUCUUUGUAUGCACACUGUCGUUUCCCCAGAUGCCGACAUUCCUGCACAUUUUUGAGCCGAGAUAUAGACUCAUGAUCCGGAGAGCACUCGAAGGAGACCAUACCUUUGGUAUGGUCAUACCCAAACGACCCCAACAUCCUGGCGAUGCCAACUUUCACGAGCUCGGCACGCUUCUCCGCAUUGUCAAUGUCCAGUUCUUCCCAGAUGGUCGGAGUCUUAUUGAGACUGUGGGCCUGUCACGCUUCCGCGUUCUCGAGCAUAGCUACCUUGACGGAUACAUUGUUGGCAAGACUGAAAGGAUAGACGAUAUUAGCCUCGAGGACGAAGAAGCUGCCGAGGCUGCUGAAGCAACACCGAUAGAGACUGAGGAUCAGCAACCCUUGCAGGCCAUGGAUACUGUCAAGGAACCCACUGAACCAACACCGACAUCGCCAUUACCACGGUCUGAUUCCUCCAGUCCACACAUGCCAACUUCAGCUACCGAGAUCGACUCAAUGUCUACACAGAGUCUUGUGCGCUAUGCCUCAUCUUUCGUCGCGAGAAUGCGCCAACAGAGUGUCCCCUGGUUGACAGAACGUAUGUUGACUAUAUACGGCGAGUGUCCAGAAGACCCUGCCAUCUUUCCAUGGUGGUUUGCCAGUAUGUUGCCGGUCAAAGACAUUGAGAAAUACCGACUCCUGGGCACAUCCAGCGUACGAGAGCGACUCAAGAUAUGCUGCACGUGGAUCUUGGAAUGGGAGACAUCCAGAUGGACAAAGCUGAUUCAUGGCCGCUCAGGUCCAUCCACGGCUGCACAAUCCUCUGAUUGACAAUGCUUGCCCUACUAUCUCUCGCUCGGCUUGGUUCUGCAAUUCGUGCUCUUGCUUUUCUGCUUUGCUGUGCAGUUGUUGUACCAAGCACAAGACGGUUCGCGGAGUUGAUGUUAUUCCACUUCUGACACGAACAGGACGAUUACGACUCGACGAUAGCUAGUUAGGGCGGUUUGGUUUGCAUCAUGGCAUUAUAACGCAUCAAAUGUUACAAGACAAAAGUCACAGCAGAACGUGUUCAUUUACAUGGGGUUGAAUAUUGGUUGAUUGAUUGAUUCGGUUGGGAGGCAUUUAGUCAUAGCAUCUUGUAGUACACUGAGUGAAUUUGCGGAUACCAUACCCCCUUAGCUAAUCUAGACAUCUUUCUCAUCAUCGCAUGUAGCAAGUUUCCAAUUUCUAUUACCAGUGUAUGG